AUGUAUUUUUCUGAUGAUGAAAUAGAUAUUAAGUUGGCACCCGUAGCAGUGCAAGGCCUAUGUACAGCAGUAUUUCUACUUCAGCUGUUGGGAAACAAACAAGGAGCCAUUGCAUCUUAUACAGACCUUAUCAAUCGGAACUUGCCCGAUGAGUCUUCAAAUGAAAUAGCAAUUAACAAAUUAAUAGCAUUGAAGGGUCCUAAAGAUAUAUCCGAUGGCCUAAAGAAGCUUGAUCGUUUGAUAGAAAAGAACAAUCCAGAGAUCCUUCUGCUGGCCAGGGCACAGAUUGCAGCAGCUGCAGGGCAUCCUCAGGUUGCAUCGGAAUCUUUAUUAAAGAUACCUGAUAUUCAGCACAUGCCCGCUACUGUUGCCACUCUUGCAUCUCUCAAAGAACGCGCCAGAGACAUAAAUGGUGCUAGUUCCAGGCUCGAUUCUGCGAUUAGUUAUUGGUCAAAUGCCAUGACUGAAGAGAGUAAGCUGAGUGUUAUCAUGCAAGAGGCCACAGCUUUUAAGCUUAAACACGGGAAAAAAGAGGAAGCAUCACAACUCUAUGAAAAGCUUGUAAAAAUCCAUAAUAGCAUCGAUGCGUUAUUAAGGUUGAUACAAACGUCUGCUAAUACCGAUGUCGAAACGGCAGUAACUUAUGCGAAACAACUCAAACCUCUUCCUGGUUUGAUAUCUGUCGAUGUAAAUGCCUUGGAGAAAACAUCUGGUGCAAAACACAUUAAAAACGGGUCUCACUUGGCGAACAAGAUUGAACUUUAUGAAACAAAAAGCAAGGAUAGAGCAAAGAAGAAAAGGAAAAGAAAGCCAAGGUACCCGAAAAGGUUUGACCCAGCUAAACCAGGUCCAGCACUAGAUCCAGAGCGAUGGAUACCUAGUAGAGAGAGAUCUAGCUUCAGGUUAAAGAGGAAAGAUAAGAGGGUGGCUCAGAUUAGAUGA